AUGGAGACGGGCAAGCCCAUCCUCGCGCAGGCGCAGCAGUUCGCCACGGAGGCGGUCGUGCCCAACGUGAUCACCUACAACGCGCUCAUCAGCGCCUGCUCGCGGUGCGGGGAUCCCGAGCGGGCGCUGGAGCUCGUGGAGCAGAUGCAGGUGGCGAACAUCCUCCCUAAUGUCAUCACGUACACCGCGCUGAUCAGCGCCUGCGAAGUAGGCAAGCAUACCGAGAGGGUCUGGCAGAUUGUCGAGGAGAUGCGGUGCAGGCGGCUAGCGCUCGACGCCGUGGCCUACAACAAGACGAUCAGCGUGUGUGCCAAGGGCGCGAACCCGCGGAGGGCCCUGGGCCUGCUCGGCGAGAUGCGGGCCCAGGAGCUGGCGCCCACCGUCGUCACGUACGGGGCCGCGCUGAGCGCCUGCGAGAGAGGGAGGCUACCCGACGAGGCCCUGCAGCUGUUUGAGCAGAUGCUGUCCGAGGACCUGCGGCCGAACCUCAUAGUAUACAGCGCAGCGAUCAGCGCCUGCGAGAUGGGCAUGCAGCCGCGGCGGGCCCUCGAGCUCUUCGAGCGGCUGCGGGGCGGCGGGCUCUCCCCGGACGUCAUGGCGUUCAACGCGGCCAUCCGCGCGUGCGAGAAG